CGCGAGGACAAGCCAAAAUUGCCUACUGUAUUCAUUCUGCUCCAAAAAUCCCACCCGUGGCCCCUCACCGAAGCCCGAGCGACGGCGGCGGCCGCUUGUUGCGCUGUGUGCGGGCUUUGAGGCUGUCGACGGCUCGGAGCACAAGCAUAUUGCUUCGUUUUAAAGAUCAUAUUGACUGGCUGAGCUUCCACCUGAGGCAUGUUUUGCUAAAGAAACACCUAUGCAGGUGGAAUCUACACUAAUGAAUGUAGGGGAUGGAGGCCCGGUGAGCAGAGAGAUCAGUGCUCUGACUAAAGCAUCCACUAGCAUGGUGGGAAAUCCUCCCCAGACGCUUCCCCCUGAGUUUAGAGGAGAUGUCAACCUCAGUCAGCAAAACAAAACCACUCCAACAAAAGACUGUAAGGCCUUAAAAGCCUGCCUGGAUACUAGCAACUGCAACCAUAGUCCUGAAAAUUCUCUGCCUCAACAGCCUAAUAAUGCACCAAUGUCCAACUCGGUCCUCACCAGUUCAGAGAAGAUACCUGACAAACGGACAGAAACCCCUAAAGUCAGGGCAGAUGGGUCUGCGGUCUUCCCCACUACUCAGUGGUCAAGCAGUGUAAAAGCCAGUCGGGAGGACUCUCUCAACCCAUGUCACAGCAAUGUGACCUCUAGUAAGAAAUCACAUCCACAAACGCAGUCUCCGCAAAGUCUUGCUCCAGGGUUUCAGUCCUCUGCCAUGUUCAAACCAGCCCAGCCCGUUGCCUUUCUUCCCUCAUCUAAUUUAUCCCCUCAGCUUUGUAAAAUUACUCUUCCACCAGUGUCAGGUCAAAUCGCAGCUUUGAGAGAUACGACGGGCAGUCAGUUUCAGAAGGAAAUUCAGCCUCAGGGCUCAGGUGUCGGAGUGACAUCUCUCAUGCGGACUUAUCCCUACUCAUUGUCCGUGGGUCGAACUCCAGACAAAAAAGCAGCUGGAUCAAACCUAAAGCUGAAAUCCAACCACUCAUCAAGCAAGACUACAAAAUCUCUACGAGAACAUAAAUCUCUAGCUUCUGUGGUAACCUCACCAACUAUUCCAUUACCAUUGCAGCAUCCAUCAUUGACUUCAGCAGCCCCCAGCCACUACACCUUGUCUCCAACAGCUGCCAUUUGUUGUGGCUCUGCACUGUCAAACAUCACCUCCCAAAGCAGGCUCCUGAACCAUUUGGAAAAAGCCAACAGCAUAGACAAGACAGCUGUGGGUGCUCUUAACAAAACGCCUCCCUCUGCUGCAGAGAAUCACACAGCUUGCUCCAAUGAACAAAGAGAUGUACCUCUCGAUUUGUCCGCUAAAUCAAAACGUCCGAAGUGCAUAACUGAUGCACCAUUUUCUACAAUUGAGCCUCAUAACAACGAGUCCAGUCAUAGAGAUUUUCUGAAUGCAAAGAAGACUCAUUCUACAGCUUACUGCUCAAACACACAAUAUCCAGUCUUACCACACUCCCACAGAAACGGAUCCCAUCAAAAGCAGUUGAAUAGAUCUCAGAACCACCAGAUUGCUGAACCCAAACCAACAUGGGGAAAAGGAUCUUCACAGGACUCCAUCAAAAGUAUCCCUGGUACAUAUGUAGGUGUGGCUAGCCCCAUACUGGCUUCUACUCUAAGAGGCAAAGAUGGAAAGGGGACCUUUGCAGAUGAAUUUCAGAGCUUUGCAAAGCAAGAGUUUAUAUCUAUUAUUGACCAAGGAGAACAUCUGGCAUCAGGAGGGAAGAAGCCAUCCUGUCUGGUGAAGGGGAACCAACAAGCUCACAGUGGGAAGCAUGUUAAAAACACCAGCACGGCCUUAUCCAAGAACUGUCCCACUAAAGGAGCUCUGUCGACUGCCCUGUUAAGCUCUACCAAUGCUGAUAGUCAAAAGAAAUGUGGAUUUAACAAAACAGAGGUGCCAUACUCUGCUGCUGUUGUUAGUCCAGCCUGGCAGCAGUCUCCCCAUCUUCCUCAGCAACCCACUCCUCUUCAGAGAAAAACCCCUCAAGGAUCUCCAAAGACCAAAGGCACCACCUUCACAGAGGGGCCCAAGUUUCACAGCCCAUCCAAACCUGACGAUAAGUGGGAGAGACUGACGUCCCCUCUGUCCAAUCUCGCUUCUAUUGUAAAGCAGCAAGGUCUUGAAACAACAGCACUCAUAAAUGAGGGAAACACUCAAGCAUCGAGAAAAUCUGAUACUCUGCAUCCACUCAAUGAGAGCAAAGACGUCCAGUCUAAGCAUACUAAAACCUUUGAAUACCCACCUUACUGGUCUUUGGAAAAAUGGCCAUCUCAAGGGGAAUCCACUCAAAUUACAAAAAGGCACGAGAUGUUGAAUGCUGCUGAACAUUCAGAAAGUAAUACUGCGGUUCACAGUUAUAAAGGCGAGCAUGUGGGACUGCAAGCAAAGCAAGGCUCCUCCAAGCCCACUGGCCAGACUCCUCUCUUUGGGAGCAAUGCAUCAACAAAUGGGAGCGAGAUGGAGAGCAAACUCGCCCAGGUGUUAGAAGGGGAGAUAUCAAGGAAAGAAAGUGGGACAUCAAAUGGUGCUGCGAGUGAAAAAUCGGAGGACAUGGUUGCAUCCAUUCUUACAGGCCAGUGUAGAGGUGGGAGUGACACACUGGAGAAAUCAGCAAACGGUACCAAAGAGGAGUCACCAACCAAAGCAAAAGCAGCUACUAUCAAACAAAAGAAGAGCAGUCCUAAGAAACCAGCAAAGGAGAAGCCACCAGCAGACCCAUUAAAGAAGGCUGCAGGGAAGAAAAACCAAGACAAACAAAAGACACCAGUCAAAGUUUCUGUGAAUAAAAAGCAGAAGAAACAAUCUGCACCUGCAUUGGAGCAGAAUCUGUUAGCAGGAGAACUUUCCCCACAGAAUCAAGAGACGAAUCCAAAGGACAAGAUCAGCUUCAGUCAGUCUGAACAGGCAACACGCAGCAAAACAGAUAAAAGCAGUCCUCGUAGUGUAGACACCUUAGUGUCUUCCAGUAACUCCACCUUAUCCAACAAAGAAGCAGAUGCGACAGAGUCCUCCUUCCCAAGACUGAGGAGAGGACAGCGACGGGCUGAUGAUGCUCGACUUGACCUCUGGGGCUUUGCAACGCCUUCCCCUCCCCCUCCACCUAUGCCGCCCAAAGAUGUGUCUCCAUCACCCACUUCGACGCCCAGCCAGCCAGCUCGCCGUCCACGAGGGAGGCCUCGAUCGAACACAUUGCCAGAGCGCAUGUUUGAGGGGAAGGGUAAAGCGGCCGGUGCAGUGGCUGACACGCCCCCACAUAGGAGACGCCGACGAUGUUCCAGUAAGAAGUAUGAAACUGGUGAAUACAUCACUGAGAAAGACAAGCUGGAGGAGGGAGAACACCUGGAAGACUCUCUGAGACAGAAAACUGCAACCCCAGCAGAUCCCCAGAUAGAUGAGUGUCCGAGCCCAGCUGCCUCCAGCCCAGAGCCCCCGCCUCCACCGAAACCGUCUUACACUCGUUCAGGAUCAGUCCGCUACCCGGAGAGGGAGGAGUCUGAGUGCAACAAUAAGCCUUCGGGAAAAAGGAAGUUCAAAAGCAAACAUCUAAGUGACAGUGAUGAACCCAAGAGUAAGACCAAGCGCAGCAGCUCUGGGAAGCGUGGCACCUCCCUCCCGCUGAAUGAUGAUAGCGCUGGUGUCAAAUCACAAAUCACACCCCCACCAACUCCAAAAAGUUUGCCAUCUUCCCCAACCAUCAAAAAAAGCUCCUCAGGAAGAAGCAGCGGUUCAGACUCGUCUCCUAAAAGACCUGUUCCCCCUGAGGUUCGCCGGCUCAUUGUAAAUAAGAACGCUGGAGAAACUCUGCUGCAGCGUGCAGCCCGCCUCGGCUAUCAGGAUGUGGUCCAGUAUUGUCUGGACAAGGACAUCAGGGAGGUCAAUCGACGUGACAAUGCAGGUUACACCGCUCUUCAUGAGGCGUCCUCACGAGGUUGGACUCAGAUUGUCCAGAUUCUUCUCAAACACGGUGCAGAUGUCAACUGCAGUGCUCAGGAUGGAACACGGCCACUUCAUGAUGCAGUAGCAAGUGACAACUUGCCAAUAGUUUGGCUUCUCCUGAACCACGGUGCAGAUCCAACUCUGGCUACUUAUUCUGGCCACACGCCAGUCAAACUGGCACACAGUCAGAGCAUGAAGACCUUCCUCACAGAAUAUUUCUCAGACCUGGAAGGCCGCAAUGAAAAGAAUACUAGUGUACCCUGGGAUUUCUACAGCAGCUCCCUGUUUGAAACCGACCAGGAGCCGUGCUGGGACUUCCUGCUGUCUGAGGAGAACCAGGACCCGGUGGAGAAUGGAGACGCGACGCUUGAGAGGGACUCGGACAAAGAUUGUCUUCUGUUUGAGUUCUCGUCUGAGCCUCUGUUACCCUGCUAUCAUGUUCAGGUGUCACUGGCACAAGGCUUCUGUAACUGGUUCCUCCUGGCAGACGUCCUGAAGCGUCUGAAGAUGUCGGCGCGGAUCUUCCGGGCUCGGUACCCGCACUUUGAGGUAGUGAGUUUGUCUCAAGCUGAGCUCUGGAGGCAGGUUUCUGUCAGCCAGGUUAGCUCCGCUUUAGCUUCUCCUCAAAGAGGCAAAAAUAGGGACAAAGACAAGGAGGAAGAGGAAGAGGGACCUGUGGAGCUGGUGUGUUGUGUACCAGAACUCCAGAGACUGCUGGGCUCAUCUGUUCACAUCUUACAAGAGGAUGAGGAGGAGGACGAUGAGGAGGAGACACUGACACCCACAGGGAAGUCUCGGAGCCGAUAGCCUCUCGUCUGUCCCCGUUCUUCCCUGGAAACAGCAGGAAGCUUCUCCGUCCGGUGGAAUUAACUCCAGCUACAGUGAAGUCCUGACCCUUGACCUUUGAUCUCAGACACAGGAGCGGUCAAUGCAGGAAAGCAGCUUUCAGGUUCUUAUCUAUAGGUAUAUUUGAAUACACAAGAAACUUUUUUUACUGAUACGUGUGUACAUGGUUGUGUUAAUGUAUAUCUUGCCAUCAGGGUGAACAUAUUAUAAAAAUGAGUUGUUGUGGCAAGGAGCUGAUGAUUUUUGGACUUUGAGUUUGUUCCUGAAGGAAGCAGAAGAUAAUCCAAGACACUUGUCUUGGUGGACUCGGGCGUGAAGCGAAGACCCACUAGGGCCAUCGGUCCAGGUGGCCUCCCAGUUUACCUCGGAGAUCUGGAGACCUGCAAAGAUGGCACAUAUUCACCCUCCCAGCUCAGACACAUUUCCACAUCGUCCUCUGUUUCAUUUUAUCGUCAUGAAUAGAUCAUAAUGUAUCAAAUAACGUCUGUCUUUCCACAUUUCACUAAUUAAGCCCUUUCUCUCGGAUUGAAAUGACAUUAUGGACCUCGACGUUUGUUUACAGAACCAGGCAGGUGUUUGUGUUCUUCAUUCAUCAUGAACUGUUACAGAACCUGUGGAGGUUUCUGAGAGGAGCAGGAGUCCAGAAGCGCCCUCCUGACUGCAGCAACGACUGUCCCCGUACAGUGUUUCCAGAUCCCAGAGUGCUUUGUGUUGCAGUGUUUGAGCUACACUGUUGGUUGUGCUUAAUUUAAUAGUCAUUAAUAUAUUUGAGCUCUUGUGUUUCGGACGACCCUAUGUAUGAGAAAAUGCUUUCUAUGGUUGGUGCUUCAUUCUGAAAUGUAUUCACUAAGGAUCCCUUUAUUCUGAGAUUAUCCCUCCUUCAGAACCAGUGUUUCAAAAACAGCUAAAGUACAGUUUUAUUGUACUGGUGCUAAGAUAAAUUUUUGUGUUGACAAUCAACGAAGUUUUGCUUUGAAGUCACAAACUAAUAAAAGAUAUUUAAGGUGUAAAGAAGAGUUUAGUUUAGCUGAGGGAAAUGGGACGCAGCUAGACUGAAAGAUGUGAGAGAUCCCAAAAGAGGAUUUUAUUUGAUUCUUUUAUAAGAAAUAAAGCAGAAUAAAGCAUGAUUGUGAAUCAUA